UGCCGCCCACAAUGACUGACAUAAUCGGAUUUCCCCAAACACUAAAGUUGGUUUUAAAAAGCGGGACGCAUGGCGAUCUUGGCAUCACUUGAAGGAAAACUAAGCAAAUUGCACUUUAACGCAAAGAAGUGAUCUUACAUUAGUACUUGUAUCUUUUUAACUUAUUUAUACUAAACGUAUUUGAGUAGAGCACGGAGUGUAACUGCUAGAAUAAUGUCAACGAAGACAGUUUACGACGUGGAGAGUGGAAGCGCAGUGGUUUUACUGGAGGAGAAGCAACGGAGGAGCUGGAUGGGCAGCUGGUUCUGCGCCAGUGUUGCGCUCCUCACGACCCUCCUGGCCGUGCUCUGUGUGUGCCAGCUGCUACGGACACAGAUUGUCGCCGACCCCGCUAAGACUUUGGACUUUGGGGAAGAGCAUCUUGAAGCACCUGUUUACCAUAAAAGAUCACUAAAGCCAAAUGCUACUGACUCUGGCAAACCAGCCACACACUUACAAGCCUCCGUUUCAGAUGCAUCAGAGCUUCACUGGAGGAACGACGUGGAUCAGGCAUUUCAUGUAAAUGGGCUGAAACUGCAGGGCAACAAUCUCCUUGUCCCCAAAACAGGACUGUAUUUUGUAUACUCUCAGGCAUCAUUUACCGGGGACUGCAAGGAUGGCGAGACGGUGUACUUGCUCCUGAGCAUUCAGCGUAAAGCCAUUUCCUACUUAGAAAACCGGCCGCUCCUGAGUUCAAUGAAGACUGUGUGUGGUGAUGCAAAGGAUUCUAAAGAUGUGUGGUUCAAAUCGAUCUACCAAGGUGCAGUUUUCAAGCUAGAAAAAGGUGACCUUCUUGAAACGAAUAUCUCUGAUGUGAGCAAGCUAGAUACUGCAUCUGGGAAAACAUUUUUUGGGGCCUUUCACAUAUAAGGAGAGAUUUGUGUGAACUAGGUUUGCAGAUUCCGUUAGAAAAAUAUUGAUAUACAAUAUAUCAAUAUAUAUGCUACCUAAAAAGGGUUAAAUGGGGUAAACUAGACUAUUUACAGUAUUUAUGUGUUAUAGUUAUUUAUUAUAUUUAUUAUUAGCAUAAUUUAUUCAAUUUGUUUGAAAAGAACAAUGUAAACGGGUAUGUUAACUUAUUUUUGUAUUUAUUUAUAUUUAUUUAUUUUAUUUAUUAUUUCAGGGUGCAUUUGUGUAAUGUAAACUGACAUUUUUGUGUUUGAAAUAUUUUUGUUUUUUUACAAAUCUAAGAUUGACUUUUAAGAGUGCUGUAUUAAUUUAUCACAUUAGGAACUGUAUGGAUGUGACAGAGAAAAAUCCAUCUGUCCAUUUUCUAAACCUGCCUAUCUAGAGUCUAUCCCAGGAAGAACCAAUCAAAAGACAGGAAUAAUCCCUGGACAGGCUGCCAGGCCUUCACAGGGUGAACACAAACACACACACACAUCAGAGGCCAAUUUAUUUUUGCCAUUCCACCUAAUUGCAUGUGAAUGUGGGAGAACAUCGGAGCACUCGAGGAAACCCACACAUACACAGGGAGAAUGUGCAGACUA